UCCGGUAGUAAAUUCAUAGAAAACUAAAGAAGUGUUAGGAAAGACUAUACACGAAGAUUAAAUUCUUAGAAAAGGAACUUUCUUCUGGGUUUGAGUUGAAUCCCAAAGUUGACCAAAUUCAUCAUAGUCACAAGACCACACUCCUCUCCUCCUCCAUGGAGUCAACAAAAAGAUCUUUCCGAUCAGACUCUUGAAAGAGGAAUCACUGAUGGGUAGCCUCGGGUGCGACGCCCAUGGAGAUUUGAACGACGCAGAGUUUAGUAAACCCUUGCCUUCAAUUGGUUUAUACGUUGCUGUAGCUUCACUGAUCUGCGGACUAGCCAUGGCCGCAGAUCUUCUUCACGGCUUCCGACACCGCAAAUUCUGGUUUCCCUGUAAGUUCUUCUCUCUCAACGCAACUUCUCUGACUUUCAUCGGCGUCGGGAUCAAACUCUCUGUCGAUCUCAACACUUCGAUGCCGAGUCGCCACGAUCAGUUAUCUAAACUAAGUAGCAGCGUCUUCGUGUGCACAGUGAUGGGCAAUUCCAUGCCAUCUCUGGGUAUUAUGGAGAACCAAGAUCUCCUCAUGAAUCUCAUGGCCUUGGGGAUUCUUGUUAUCACCGACGUUGUCAACAUCUGUAUCCAGUUGGGCACAGUCCCAACCAGCAAAAGGAUCUUGGAAGCCAAAUACAAGAAGAAGUAUGUUGCCUUGAAGUGUUGUCCUUUGGUUACAGAGAGGACAACAGUAGCUAAGAGGAUUCAGCAAGACUUGUCCAAGUUCUGGAUGAUGGCUCACACCAGUAGCCCUCAGUUCGUGAUGGCUCGUUCUGUCACGUGCACUGCUUCUGGCUUCUUCUGUCUCUUGAGUGCUGUUACUUUAGGUGAGGCCAUGGUUCGAUCUUAUCUGUUGACACCGAAGUCACUCGGCUUCUGCCACGGAGAUUCUGAUUACAAAUGGUCAACCUUUUUGGUUCUUGUUUGCCAGACUAGUGCAGUAGCCAUAGGGACUGUUGCUCCUGCCACCAGAUGGUUCACGGCUGUGAAUUUUCACUGUCCGAUAAGAGGCAAGAAGUCUUACAGAGAUGAGUUUAGAGUAGAGAGCUACUGGACGCAUUGGUUCUCUGAGAAGAAACAACGUCCCUUAAGCCUUUCGAGCCUCAAAAAUCGUAGCUGCAGGAAGAUUGCACACGAUGCGAAACGCUGGGUAUUGGAUGUAUGUAUAGGAAUACAGUAUGUUAUAGUGUUUGCAAGCAAAGUUAUCCGUUACAUAUCUGUCUACUGUGUGAGUAGAAUCUUGAUCUGCUGUCAUUUUGCAAUCAGAACAACGGGCUCUGUUUCUCACGUUGAGUCAGAAAGUUCAAAUCCAAGCUCGAGACAGGAGUUUGCGAAGUUUGUCUUGCAUCUUGAAGGAGAGGACGAGCUGGUAGAUUUGAUGGUGCGGAACAACCGUGAGGCCACGGAUCAUUGGGUAAAGAACGGCAGAAAAAAACAACCGGUAAAUUUGAUAGAACUUUUGGAAGCAACAACAACCAUUUCAAAAGGGUUUGAAGGGAUUAAAGACUUUGACAGCAACGAGGUAGCUUCUCUUGCCGCAUCUGGUGAGCCACCGAAUUGUUGGGCUCUCCCGCUGGUAACACUUACAACCAUCGCUGUAGCUCUUCCCAAUGUCAAGCCUUGCUCCGUCAAAAAGCUGCUUAAUGCUGUCAAUGAGGCCCUGGACUCAGUCAGCAAGUUUGAACACAUCCUAGAUACCGGGGGAGAGUUAGCUAACCUCAGGAAAGCUGCUGAGGUGGUUUGGCUAGGAGUUGAUCUCUAUCAUAAGUGGUUUGAUGUGGAUCUUUGGAAACUAUCCAAGCAACAUAAAAGUCCAGAAGAAACACUUAGGGAGCUCGUGGAAGUCGCGAAGAAAGAGUUUUCAGAGUCGUGGCAGAUGAACCUAAUGGCCUGCAUGAAGCACAAACCCUCCCAUUGGCCUAUCAAGACUCUAGCGGCCAACUCCAUGUACCGAAUAUGUCAAACCAUUCUGUACAGUUACGAAUCAAGAGACUACGGAACAGGGGAAGCUCUGUUGAAAAAUCUGGAAACCACAAUCUCGGACAUAGUUGCAGGUUGUUUUUGCAAUGUAGGGCAAGUGAUAUCCGUUAAGUGUUUGGUGACAGCUGUAGAAGUGAGGGAAGAAUCAGUAAGAGGAGCAGCCCUGCAUCUCGGGAAAACAGAGAAGAUUAUAGAGAUUGUAGAGAGAAGAUGCUUACCUGAAUUGAAAUGUGAUCAGAUGAAGAGCAUCGAUGAAUGGAGAGCAUUCUACAAGAUUAGCUCUUCUGACUUUAAUAACAAGACAGUUUCCCCCGACUUAAAUGAGCUGUGCAUCUUUGUUGGAUAAUUUGCAGACGUAAGUAUGAAAAUAUUGCUCACGAGAUGUUUGUAUCCAUAUAGAGGACUUGGUUUAUAAUGUUGUUUAUAGGUGAUGUCUUCACGUGUAAUUGAUAUGUAGCACUUGCUUUGAAAUGUAACAAUAUCUCAUUAUAUAUUUAUAUCUAGUUCUUGAUUAGGAUUUAGGAGGAAUGUCUCUGUUUUCAACACUGGUAAUGCUUAAGAUUUUGAAUGUAUUACUAUA